UAUUUUCUCCAUGGAAGAAACAUCCAGCUGCGCGUUCUUCAGGGCGCGCCAUGUGGGCGUGGACAGGACACGGGUCCGUCCCUGACGCCGAGCGCUUCUGUCAUAUGAGGCUGGAGGAAACACGCACACGACGUAGGACACAAAAACAACACGUUUUUAAUGUCAAGCGAGUUGAUUUGAAAGAUUACUGUCACUUUGGAGACGACAUUUCUCUGGGAGAUUUUUUUUUCUUUCCCAACACUUAAAGCAACUGGAGGCAGCGAUGACAGCCGCGGUUACUUUUGCGCCUCGAAGUUGCUGAGACCUGCAUCUUUCUGGCCUCUGCAUCUGACUGGGGAAAAGGAUUCAAAGAAAAUACAGGAUGAAUCCUGUUUUACUAACAAUUCUACUUGGAGUGGUUGGGGCUCUGGCUGAAACAAAGAACUGUCCGUCAGGCCAGCGCACAAAAAAUGGAGAGUGCUGCGAACAGUGUCCACCUGGUGAGGGGGUCGUCUCCCCAUGUGGAGACACACAGACCAAAUGCGCUUCAUGUCUUGACAGUGAAACCUUCUCAUCCCAAUCCAGCCACACAGAGAAAUGUCAGAACUGCACAAAAUGCACAGGAUUGCUCCGCAUGGAAACCCCCUGCACUGACUCCAACGAUGCUAUCUGCGUGUGUGACUACGGUUUCUUCAUGCAUAGACCCACAGGGAACUGUGUGCAAUGCACUCGGUGCCCCAAAGCCCAAGGGGUGUUAGUAAACUGCGGCCCUUACCGUGACACAAUUUGCGAAGUUUGCGAAAUGGGCAGCUUCUCGGAUCAGGAAAGUUUGCGGGACCCCUGCAUGCCCUGCAACACCUGUGAGGAAGAAGGCGUGUUAAAGGAUUGCACCCCUAUCAGUGACACAGUUUGUAAUGGGUCAGACACUUUUGACCCAUCUUACUCACCAAGCCCAACUGAGGAUGGCUUACUGGAUUACCUCCCAUCAGAGUUCCCCACUGACAGCAUCAUCGCCAACACUGCCAGUACCACCAGUACCACCAGUACUACCAUCACCACCACCACCAGCACUUUUGGGGAAUCCCUGCUGAGAAAAGGACUGAACGACAAGCUAAUCCCCAUCUACUGCUCGAUCCUGGCAGCGGUUGUUGUUGGUCUGGUGGCCUUCAUCAUCUUUAAGAGGUGGAAUAGCUGCAAGCAGAACAAGCAGGGAGCCAACAACAGCACGACCAACCAGAACCAGACACCAUCACCUGAAGGGGAGAAGCUGCACAGUGACAGUGGCAUCUCUGUGGACAGCCAAAGCCUGCAGGAGCAACAAGGCCAGACUCAGACACACACAGUUGUCUCCAUGGAUGAAGAGCCUUGUUUACUCCUUCCUCUCAUCGCCAGAGAGAAGCUGGAAACACUUCUUUUCCGAGGCGGUGAAGGCAAAAACUGCAACCACAUACCAGACAGCGACUGGUACAACCUGGCAGGCCUUUUGGGAUACGAGAGUGAGCGGAUUGCAACUUUCCAGCAGGAAGAGCAUCCUGUCCGGGCGUUGCUCUCGGACUGGGCGAGGAAGGAUUGUGCCAGCAUCGACGCCUUGUGCGCGGCGCUGCGCAAAAUCAAUCGCGAGGACAUCGCCCAGAGCCUGGUAGUCAGCCCAACCGUUGCAAAUUCCAAUGCCACUUCUGUUGUGUGACCUGAACUGUGAGCAAAAACUUAACCCCUGAACCUGAAUCACAUUUGAAAACCUCUACUUUCAAAACUUGAUCAAUCACUUUUUUUUUUACAAGUCAAAGUAAGGUGCGCUUUUUGGCUAAGUGCCACAAAAUCCUCGCCUUAUAACGCUCACCUUUACAUUUCUGUUCAAACUCCAUCUUACAAAAAGUCUUCAAACUUCAGAAUCAUUCCAAUUUCCACUCUAUUUAACCUUUAGCCUUCAUCUUAUGACUUAACUAACCAUUCUGUGCCGGCAGACUUUGAACAGAGAUCGUUGCAGAAACCUAAUUCCUAACCCUUGAACUUGAUCCUCUGCAUUAUCUCCUUAUCUUCAGUUAUGCAAAGCCACUGUGACCCUUAUUUAAAGCAAUCAGAAGCCUGUUUUCAACCCUUUCAAUCUGCUCAAAUCAAUGAUACCUAAGAAGCAGACCUGCUUUCAGAGCAUACCCCUCAAGUGACAUUAUUCACAUGCAACGUUAGUCUUUCUGAAUGUCUCUUGGAGGUGCCUGGUAUGUUUAGUUUUAGUUUUUGGGGAUAAAGCCUUUGCGGUUCAAGACAUCUGGAUCUGUGGACAAAUGGAAGAAGCACCCACUGCCUUCUUUUCUUCUGCUGAACUCCUCAACUCCAUCCAUAUAUGUGCUUUUAUUUUGGAGUUGGGACAGCAACCUGUUUAAGGACUCAACCUUUUCCCAUCAAAUGCUGGUUGGACAGUCAACGGAGAUCAUUAGCCAAAGCGACGUGAAUCUAGCUUAUCAGCAUGACAGGCUCACACAUACUUAUCAUGAAAAAGAAAUAAUUUUAAAGCCAUAUUAUCUUGUAACAAACCUAUUUAUUGUAUGUACAUUACUACAGACAUAAACAUAGCCAUGCAUGUAUUGUACUUUAGCCACAUAAUGUUACCAUAUGUGUAUUGACAUCCGUAUUCAUUGUAGAGAGAGCAAAAAACUUCAGAUCUUGUCCUAUAUGCUGUGUAAAGCUCUUAUAUGGGAACCGUAUAUUUUCUUAAAGCUAUUAUUUAAAGCAACAUUUAAAAAAUCUGUAAUCGUGCCUAAAAAUGCAUAAAUAUGUCUGCAGAAUAAUAAACAUGUAUAGUCUGAUUUAAACAAAUCCAUACACAAAUAAAACAGAAAUCAGGAUUCAAAACUUAAGUUUUUAAUUUAAAGUAUCUAUGAGAAGAAUCCUAAAAGGGAAAGUCUGCAGCUUUAUGUUUUUGCAUAUAGCUGUCAUCAAGAAUAAAAUCAUUAAGGCUAAAUAACUGAAGAGUUUGGUUUGACUAAAUUAGACUUUUAAAAACACAAAAAGUUGUGAACUUGAGGAAACAAGGCAUGAACCUUUCAGAAGCACAUGAGCCCCAAAAUGCAAUAGCAUUUUACUCCUCAAAUUAAUUUGGCAGCAACAAAAUCUGUAGCACGCAUUGCCAUUUUGUGAUUUAACUAAUUCAAAGGUCAUUUUUGUGUAUCUUUAUUGUCUUUAAUAAAAUCUGUGCAUAUAGGAUACUUCAGUUUGAUUUUGACCUCCUGUUUGGUUCAUUCCUGCUUCCUGUUAACACACCGCUGGCUCAUUAAGGUCUUGUCCAAAUUCCCUCACUACUCCCUAUUUAGUGCACUGUUUAGGAUUUAAGCCAUUUUGUUCGGGUUUCCAAAUCUACUGAUCCAAACCUCAGAGCCGUGGAAGUCCCUGUGAAAAGCUAGUGUGCAUUGAUGCUCACAAGAUUGAAAAAUAUAGAUCAUAAUGUAUUGAAUUUAAACGAUUUGUCAUUUGGAAAAAAAAAGGAUUCUUUUGAAAAAAUUAUCCAAGUUUUCAUCAUCAGAACACAGUAGAUUCAUAAAUCGUCUUCGUAAAAUGUUCAUAUUUAUCAGUUUUUACUUCGGCAACUGAGUGACGGGCUUUUGUUGUUAAAGAAAAAAAAGAUUAUUAUAACAAUGUGUCAAAAUUGCGUUGGAGUCCAAGGGACCUCACUAUAUAGUUUUUGUUAAAUAGUUCAACAAUUUUCUGUUUUUUUCCUCUUUCUCCUUUUGUAACUUUACAACCAAAGCAGAGUGCCUACAUGCAGAAAUCUAAAUCAAGAGCAUAAACAAAUACCUACCUUUAAGAUAGAAAACAAUGGACCAAAACGCAUUGAACAGCGACAAAGCUUCAUUAGAAAAACCAAAACGUCUGUAGUUAUUGUCAUUUAGACUUACCAGGGAACAUUAAUGGUAACUAACUCAAAGCAGGUGUGAUCAGUUGACAGCUGGGCUGAACAGAACAAGAAGUAAAGUAACAUCAAAAUGGAAAUAUAACAAAUUCCAACUAAAAAGAAACUGCUAAAUAUAAAAAUACACACAAAAACCAGGAAAUAGAAACCAACAUAUUAAAGACAUAUAAAAAGUUUUAUACUGGUUCCACAAAAAAUAUAUUCAUUGAUUCCAACAUUCCUCAUCAAUAAAUCUGCUACAUUCUUAUUGAUUAUUGAUUGGAUAGAACAAAAUUGGGAUUUAAGGUAAGUUCCUUCAAACAUAAAGUUUACAUUUCUUAACACAGUAAAUUACAGAUUUGCGACUAAAUGAACUACUGUAAGAAUUUGUGUCUGCAGCAGACUAUAGUGCCUAAUCUUAAUUCUGAAUUUAUUACUUAAAAAUAAUUGUUUUUUUGUGUUCUAGUGGCUGUGCAAGAAUAUUAAUCAUUGCAGAAGAUGGAAGCCUUUAAAAACAUAAAGCAACUGUUUACUAAAUGUUUCCCCUGUCAAAAGCUGGAGUUUAAGGGGCUCAUCUUUUUGGACACACACUUUUUUUGUGUGUGUCAGACAGCUGGUGAACUGAUAGCAGAACUGGGUAUAUGUGUACGUACAUGUUAUAUUUUAUAAAGUAGACAUAAAAAUAAAAACUUGCAGAGCAGAGGUUUCACAGCCACCGUCCAUCUAUGUACAUUUAUUUCAAAAGGUUUAGCAAAGUGGAAAAAAUGCUGUAAGACUGACAUACACCAAAUAUUAAUUUUAGGAUCUCACAAACUAUGAAUGCUCAUUGUUGACCUAUUUAUAAUAUGUUUUUGUAAAUAACCUUCAUUUCUACAAGUAAAUAAAGUUACCGGUAUUCAAUUCA